ACAAAACCCCCCUCCCACCCCCCACCCCACCCCCCACCCCACCCCCCUCUCUCUCUCUCUCUCUCUCUCGGAUACAAUAAAUAGUGACGACACCCAAUUAAGCGUGACAGUGAGAAUCUCCGAUCCGAUCAAGCUCGAAAAAAAUGGCGAAAUCUUGUGUAGAUUUACCUGCUAAAGGUGGAUUCAGUUUCGAUCUUUGCAAAAGAAACGCUAUGUUAUCAGACAAGGGUCUCAAGCUUCCUCCUUUUAGAAAAACUGGAACUACCAUUGUGGGUUUAGUUUUUCAGGAUGGUGUCAUUCUUGGAGCAGAUACAAGAGCGACAGAGGGACCCAUAGUUUGUGAUAAGAAUUGCGAAAAAAUACACUACAUGGCACCCAACAUAUAUUGCUGUGGAGCAGGAACUGCUGCUGAUACAGAAGCAGUAACAGACAUGGUCAGCUCACAGCUGCAAUUACAUCGUUACCAUACUGGUCGAGAGUCGAGGGUUGUUACAGCACUGACUCUUCUUAAGAAGCAUCUUUUCAACUACCAAGGUCAUGUCUCGGCUGCUUUGGUUCUUGGCGGGGUUGACUGCACUGGGCCUCAUUUACACACUAUAUAUCCCCAUGGGUCAACUGACACUUUGCCAUUUGCUACAAUGGGUUCUGGUUCUCUUGCUGCAAUGGCUGUUUUUGAAUCAAAGUACAAAGAAGGCCUUAGUAGAGAUGAAGGAAUUAAGCUUGUGAGUGAGGCUGUAUGCUCUGGCAUAUUCAAUGACUUGGGAAGUGGAAGCAAUGUUGAUGUUUGUGUUAUAACAAAGGGGCACAAGGAAUACUUGAGGAACCACAUGUUGCCAAAUCCUCGUACCUAUGUCACUGAACGAGGGUACUCUUUUCCAAAGAAGACCGAGGUUCUCAUGACAAAGAUUACUCCCCUGAGGGAGAGGGUUGAAGUGAUUGAAGGAGGUGAUGCAAUGGAAGAAGAGUAAAUAAUCAUAGCAAUCAAGAGGACACAGUAGAGAUUUUUCCAACUCCGUUGCUGGAGGAAUGAAGAGUUGUCUUGUAGUCGCUUGGCCUGUGUGAUGAUUUCACGGAGAAGGGAAGGAAGCAGCGCAGGAGAGCAUUAUCUUUAGGGAGGGGAGGGGAGGGGAGGAAUCUGAACUUGAUGGACAAUUAAUUGUCGAGGGAUUUAAGGGAACUCUUCCCCGCCCAACCCAUGAAAGAGUGGAUGCUUCGCAAAUAAUUGUUCUCUCUUUUAUCAUGGUGGUACAACAAAAUUGCAUUCAAAACUAGUUAUUUAAACCAAAAAAGUAAAUAAAUAAACUAAACGAAUUAAGUACUGAUGCCAA